UGACAUUAAAUAAAUAUUAAAUGUUUUCCUUUUCCAUUAAAUAGAUCUAAUGUUUCUUAGUCAAAACAUUGAAAACUACACAAAUAUUUUAUGUUCUUAUGUGCUGGAUCUAACACAUUUAUUGUGAACUAGGAUUGCGUACAUUUAUAGUUUCAAGUAAACAGGCAUCAAGAACAAAAGCUACGAAAUGCAGAAAUAUGAAAAGCUGGAGAAGAUAGGCGAAGGCACAUAUGGAACAGUCUUCAAAGGUAAAAAUCGGGACACUUUAGAAAUAGUAGCACUUAAACGAGUUCGUCUUGAUGAGGAUGAUGAAGGAGUUCCUAGCUCGGCGUUGCGAGAAAUUUGUCUGCUGAAGGAGUUAAAACAUAAAAACAUUGUGCGACUGUAUGACGUGUUGCAUUCUGAUAAAAAGCUAACGCUUGUGUUCGAGCAUUGCGACCAAGAUUUAAAAAAAUAUUUCGAUAGUUUGAACGGUGAGAUCGAUCCGGAUGUAGUGAAAAGCUUCAUGUAUCAACUUUUGAGAGGCUUAGCAUUCUGUCACAGUCAUAACGUACUGCAUCGGGAUUUGAAACCGCAAAAUUUACUUAUUAACAAGAAUGGAGAACUGAAACUGGCCGAUUUUGGACUAGCGCGGGCUUUUGGCAUUCCAGUGAAGUGUUAUUCAGCGGAAGUGGUCACGCUGUGGUACCGGCCACCAGAUGUAUUAUUCGGAGCGAAGUUGUACACUACCAGCAUUGAUAUGUGGUCGGCUGGUUGUAUAUUUGCUGAGUUGGCGAAUGCUGGACGACCACUUUUUCCGGGAUCUGAUGUUGACGAUCAAUUGAAACGUAUUUUCAAACUACUAGGAACUCCUACAGAAGACACAUGGCCUGGCAUUACUCAACUAUCAGACUAUAAACCAUUCCCUCUUUAUCCCCCAACUACAUCCUGGAGCCAAGUUGUUCCACGGUUAAACACGAAGGGUCGUGAUUUGUUGCAGAAAUUGCUCAUUUGUCGGCCAACCCUACGACUGAGUGCCGAACAAGCUAUGGCACAUCCUUAUUUUACAGAAAACUGAAACCAGUUAUAAUAACUGAAAUUGGUACUCGUAAAUUCAAAAAAGCGGCAACUAUAAAGCUAGUACAGGUGGAAUUCGAUGCAUUACUGUCAGAAUUGCCUUGAAUUUGAUUGAUGAGUGCGUAUCCUGAUUAGCACUGCGGUUCAUGUGGAUUGAAUUUAAGUUUCAACGUUAGUCCCUUCGCAGCUGUCAUUUCAAAAAUAGUGAUGUUUCAUUAUUCAUUUAUUUAGUGAAUGAUUAUGUAACGAUAUGCUGAAAUUGUCUGGAUAAUAAAAAUUAUUCAAUACAGUA